UGCAGGGGGCAUUCACUGUUGCUGGGCGAUCUGGCUACUGAAACCACAACAGCGUCAGUGGGAAAUGAGCCUGCGUGUCCUGGGCUCUCCAGCAGCUCCCGGCGCUGCCUGCAGGAGGGGACCCGGCCCCACAGCCCUGCCGGGGGCACAGCGGCUCCAUGUUCGCCACAGUGAGGUUCGGAGCCAACUGCCAAGAGAUGGUGAACCUGCUCUGCUGCGUCCGGACCCUCACAGGUCACCUGAAGUGGAAGUGUCAGUGCAGGCCUGAAGACUGCAUCGAUCUUGUGGAUGAGAAGGGCACCCUGAUGAACCUGAGCAAAGUGGAAGAUCCUGCAUCUGAAUAUGCCAGUAAAUACCUCCAGGGAAGGCAGCGCUACAUCCUCAUCAGAGUUGUCCGAGAAGAAAACUCUGAAGCCACCUGCUAUGAAUCCUUGCUAGAGGACCUGGGGAAGCAUUACCCUGACUUACCAGAUCAGCUGCAGCAGCUCUCAGGAAAGACCCAGAGGACGGACCAGAGGAAGAAAGGCUCCUCGCAGAGGGCUCAGCCUCACACCAGCACCCGAGCCAGGAACAGGACCACCUUACAGAGCAAGAGGAGCUCAGAACUCAAGAACACCGCUAAAUGAGGAACAGACCCAUAACUGGUCACAUGGGCAGCACAGCCUCCACCAGGGCCCCAACACCUGCCCAGUACUUACUCCCAGCACAGCAAGAGCCCCCGAUCCUGGGAUCCCCUGCCCCUGCAGAGCUUCACAUCCACAUCCCCAGCUGCACCCUGACCAGCCAGGCAAACCCAGAACCACUCUCCUGCUCCAAGGGGUCUUGUGUUCCCAUGGCACAGCCUGUACUCCCCAGGGACAAGAACCUGCACCUCCUUCCCACCCACUGCACCACUUCCCCCUGCAGCGCUCCGGAGUGGCCCUGCAGGGACUGCCCGCUGCAAUCACCAGGAAGAGCUGCUCCAGAGACAGCCAGGCCCCACAGCUGCAGAAGCAGCUCUUUGCCAAGAUGGGUCAAAGGCAGAACACACCUGCUGCACGUGCUGCUGCUGGUUCUCCUUGACAGCUUCU